AUGUGGGUCGAAGUUCGACGUGCUUGUGAGGCUGUACAGAAUUUCGAGGAACGCGAAAGCAUCGCUGAGUGCACCGAACUGAUCAGAGAAAUCGAAAAAUUCAAAUGGAGAAUUCAAAACAUCUUGAAAAACCAGGGUAAAUCUUCUAUCGAACGAGUCAAACUCAAGGCAGAUGCCGAGGUCUCAAUUGAUGGCGUUAAAGUCGCUCUAGAUCAGACACUUUGCGAUGAGGCCAUGAUAAUCAGUGAUAUUUUCAAUCUUAACGAAAUGGAUGCACUGGAACUUGUUCUAUCGGGUGAAAGCCAAAGGAUCCAUUUUGACUGCCUGAAUCGAGGAUUAAUAGCUGUUGUAUGCUAUUACGACGUGCACAGGCUACUCGCAGUCCUUUUGAGAACGAUGUUGGAAUGGGACAAGGAGACGAUGCAUGAGACCCUACGAGCGUUUAUCGAGCAGAAUUUCGUGCAGCGCACUAUGUUUCAACACCUUCUACAACUCCAAGCCAGCUUCAGUGUGGCCACGGAAUUCCACUUGUUAUCGCAGCCGCAUGUGAACGGCCUGGGCGGUCCGAAGCAUCAAACUUUGCUCAGGAAUGUUAUCGAAGAAAUUCGGGAAAAUGCUGCUGAAGCUUUGUACUCGUUGUGUGAGUGGGGAGCUGAACAUGCGAAUGAAUUUCUGAUGGAUGUGUAUCCUGUUCUGAAGGCUGUUCCGCUGGCCGAGAAAUUUCUGGCACAUCAUCUAUCUGCCUGGAUCUGCUUGGUGAAGCUAACAUCUCAGACUGUCCUAUCUCAAACAAACACAGCAGCAUCAGUGCUUGCGAAUUUCGUGAAGGAAAUUCGCAACGAGACCGUGUGGAGUGACCAAUCUGUAUGUGGAACUGCGCAACUAGCGUGUGCAAUAGCUCUUCGAUCUCUUGCCGUUAGCCCAGCUGAUCACUUGAAUAUCACUAAUGUGGAAGUAGAUGUGGACAAGGUGGUUGAUCGAGCUGUGCGUAACAUGGCAAUGCUGUUCAUUCGUCAUGGUGUCAUUGGGUCAGAUUACUUCAAACAAUGUUGUACUCAUGUUCGUGUCGUGGAUGGCUUGCUUAAACAACUCAUCGCCCUUUUCCCUGCUAAGCUCAUGGAAAUCGAGCGAAAUUCCGAAGACGAACUAACAUGGGUGGAUGAGAUGCUACACCUGCUUUGCAUUACGAGAAUAUCCUCCGCUGUAUAUCCGGACCUGUAUCAAAUUGUUGAUGAUCCAAAAGCAAGUGAAAACGUGAAGUCGUAUAUCGUGGAGCUGAGCAUAGCUUUCAGUAGCUCAGGAUCUAUGGAGCUGUGCCGUUUUAUCGAGCGUGCUCGCCUUCCACAUCAUGUCGUCCAUGCUGUCGCCUACCUUGAUCUACUGUGUGCGAUAUGCCGCACACGCCAAGUUGCAGCGUUCAUUUUUGAUGUGUUCGCCAGGGUCCCAGCUCAUGAUGAUGGGUAUGUCGGAUGGGAUCAUGUAAUGUCAGCGCUGCGGUCAUAUGAACGACUAUUUCGAGAGAGACCUGGUGGAACUUCGAUGUUCGGGCAUUCAUUAUCACAGCAGCAGCCGAAGGCGGUCAUCCCCCCACGAGAGUUAAUAGGAAUGAUUACAUGGAUAAAUCUUUCGAGGAUUGUGAUAAGCUUGGAUGAAGAGGCUGCUGAAGUGUUUUUGGAAGAGCGCCAAUGGGCAGUUCUGGAUGCUGCGUUAGGAGUGGUGUCAGCACCUGUCCCCCUUCCACUGAAGGGAGCUCUUUUGAGACUGGUAGCCGCACUCGCAAAGAGGGAAGCGUCAGCGAUGAGGUUCGUCUUGCGCAAUAGUUUAGAGAACGAGAGUUUAUCCAAAGCUUUAAGGAUCUGGACGGCUCUCAAUGCUCACCAGUUGUGUACUUUUGCAGAAAACGGAACGCUGUUAGGUUUGCAGAAAGAGCUCGAAGAGCGCGAGUGUACUGAAGAGAUGUUCGACACCUCUCUAGGAUUGGUCAACGUUUUGCGGUCUCUUUUAUCGCACACGCACAUAUGGCUUCACGAUCGUAUAAGGACAUCGAACAGUUCGUGA